AUGUUAGAGAACUAUGGGAAUCUGGCCUGUUUGGGUCUUGUGGUCUCUAAGCCAGACCUGGUCACGUUUCUGGAGCAAAUGAAGGAUCCCUGGGAUGUAAGGAGAAUGGAGACAGCCAUAUACCCAACUGUGUCUUCUCAUGACUCCCAGGGUUUGAGGACCCAAAAGCCAGGCUUAGAAGAUUUACUCCCAACAGCAAAGCUAGGAAUAUAUGAAAGAUUUCACCUUGGAAAUUUACAUUUAACCAAAGACUGGCAAUCUAUGAGGGCAUAUAAAGAGCGGAGAGCAUGUUAUGAUGGACACAACCAAGUUGGUCCAGUUUCCCAUAAAGUAAACAUUACCGCCAAAGGAAAUCAAGGAUGUGAAUCAAAUAAGGAAAAACCAAUUUCAGAUGACCAGUUUCAGUCAUCAACAUCUGCAGAUAAGUGUAUAUUUGUCAGCAAAGGCCCACAUCAUCUCUUGAAACAUACAUGUUCUCUGAAGGGAAAUGUGGAAAAUCUGGAAAGUCAUCUAGUCUCUACUGCAAAUACUCAUUCAAACCUAUACUCUGAGCAUAGCUGUCUAUUAAAUAUACAUUCAAACAUGUCUGGAAACCAGAAACUAAGAAAUGAGGGGGGAAAUUCCAAAUACAAUCAAUUUGAGGGAUCCUUUAACAAGGGUUUCUUGUCCUUCAACCAACAACUAUUUUCUCCUUGUUCCAAAAGCUGUAAUGUUGAUAAUAAUGGGAGAGACCUUAACCAUCAUUGA